UGAAUAUCAAGAUUGCACUGCAAGCAAAUGUCCCGAACUCCCUCCGGAUUUUCUUCAUCUUUAUAAAUAUAUCACACUCGCAGAUGAUAUUCACCUAGUACGGUCAGUUGCAGGUUGGAGAUUGACACCAGAUCAAUAGACAACAUGGAUUCCUUUAAGAUGGUCUAUCUUCAGGUCUGUAGGGAGAAUGGGAUUGCUCCACAGCAGAGUGUCCUCGACCAGCUAGAUCCAGAAGCCAAGUCCUCACUUUACAGAAGUGGGUCCAGGUCCAGUACCAGGUCCAGGUCUUCCCUGACCACUCUAGACCUAUCUACGACAUCACUGACUGCUCAGACGUGCUCGGUGCUAGGAAGGGCCCUGUCAACGAAUCACAUCUUUCAGGAGCUUAGGCUGUCAGAUUGCAUGAUUGGAGAUGAAGGUGGCAAACACCUCCUCCAUGGGCUAUGUUCCAAUACAUCUAUCAGAGUCUUGGACCUGAAAGGAAACAACAUGAGAGGUGCUGGUGCUGAGGCCUUGGGGAAACUGUUCAGGCAGAACCAUAGUAUCAAGCGGAUCUGUCUGGAGUGGAAUGCUGUAGGUGUAGAUGGUUCAAGGUUUGCCAACCUAGCGGAAGGGGUCUCGGCAAACGAUAGUCUAGAAGUCCUUGAUCUGAGGAACAAUCAGAUUGGUCACGACGGAGCCAGCCAGCUCGCAACAGCUAUCACCAGAAACAGCUCUCUGCAGAAUAUAGAUCUGAGAUGGAAUAAUGUUGGUAUUGUGGGAGGUAGAUCCCUUCUGGCUGGCCUACAGCACAACCAGACAAUAACUCAGAUGGAUCUCGCUGGCAAUGAUAUACCACAGGAUAUCAUAAAGGCCAUUGGACUUUUGCUGGAGAGGAACAAAGAAAGAGCAAGCUUAUCAGCCACUCACCAGACCAGACAGGAUAUCAUGACAAGAGAAAUCAAACAACUCAAGAAUGAGAAACAUCAACAGGCCAGGGAUCUUCUAAGGAGGAUCGAUCAGCAGAAUGAUCAAAGCGGGAGAAACAAGCGCGAGACAAGCAAGAAGAUACGUCUCCUGGAAGAGGCAUUGGCGGAGAGGAAGUCAGCCUUCAAUGCAGUAGCAGCUAAAUUAUCGAAGACAGAGGCUGAAUUGUCCUUGGUGAAUCAGAAGUCACAUGACCUUGACACUGUCCUUGAAGACACAAGACAAGAAAUGACAUCUAUUAUGACAUCACACCAGAGAGAAAUGCAGGCAUUGAGAGAGGAGAAAGUGGCCUGCGAGACGAAGCUGAUCACGGAACUGUCAUCGGUGAAGGAGAGAUACAGGGAGUAUGAGGCCAAGAAUGAAGAGAUGGAGAGGAAAUGUCAGCAUCAGCAAGAACAGAUCUAUGAGCUGAAGGAGGAACUCAUGGCAGCACAGGCAGAGGUGAAGAUGCAAGCUACAAGGACAGAAGAACUGCUGCAGGUUGAGCGCAUCAAACACCGGGACGACGUGGGGGACAUCGAUCGACGACAUCGCUCUGAGAUCCAACACCUCCGUCAAGGAUUCGAGGAGAGCGAGAGGGCGUAUAAGGAUCGUAUUGAUCGUCUGGAGGACCAUCGGAGAGGCAUAGAGGAGGAGUUGAGCAGGAUCAAAGCUCAGCAGCUGACAGAGAGACUCUCGCUGGAGGAACAGAUCCUUGCUACCAAGAAACAAGUUAGGGAUGAAGAGCAUCAAAGAAGCAAGCUUUUGGAAGACAAGAUCCGAGUCCUGCAGAAUGCCAAAGAUGACAUCCAUCAGCAUGCAAGCAACCAGAGUCAGAUGGUAGCUGAAAUACAGGCUAGGAACAAUAACCUGACACUGGAGGUUGAAUCCCUCAAGAGACAUCUUCAAGAAAUGACUCAGGAGCUAGCAGGGAAAAACAAUGAGAAGCUAUCUGCUGUGCACCAGGCAGAGAUUCAACAUCAGAAACAGGUCCAGAGGAUGGAGUCUAAACUCGCUCAGUUACAAGAAUUCAAAGAGAAAGCAGCUGAUCUAGAGGCAAAACUCAUAGAUCAAAGCAGGAGGCAUAGAUCAGAGUUAGGGAGCAAACAGGAGGAGGUAGAUUCCUUACAGGAGCAGCUGAGAGUCCGAGACAUGGACAUCGCACGCUACCAAGAGGAGGAGAACCAUCGGGCUAGCGCACUCCAGUCUGCUAUCUCAAGCUAUCUCAAUGCACCCCGCUCACCGGCAGUCACCCCCAGGAGAUAGCAUAGAUGGGACUACAACGAAGAUUGUCAGUGAGGUCCAUAGAUUAUGUUAUAUGAGAUAUUUUUUUACAUGUUUUUUUCUCCUAAGUUGGAAGAUAUUGAGUACUAGCAGUCUGUGGAUAGCUGCCUAUUGACGGAUAUUCCCUGUUUAUUAUCUUGCCCACCAGAGGUGAAGGCGAGACUUAGGGAUCCAAAUGUCGUCCGUCGUCCGUCUGUCACAAACCUAAUGACACAUAACUCCACAAGCGAAAGUCUCUUUUGAACCAAAGUUGCCAUAAUCGUCAUGGCAACUGCACACGCCCCUCCGACGGGGUUGUGUUUCCUGGGCGCGGGAGCUGGCACUUCUGUUGUGCCCAUGCUCAUUCAGUGGACAAGAGAUCUUCUCCAGGGCAGGUGUAUCGCUACAUUUCCCAUUCAUCUGCCUGUCAAUUUCUUUGUCGCUUCGAAUGAGAAGUAGAAUUCGUACCUCUUCAUGACUCCAAUUCUGGCAGCUCCCUUUCAUAAGUGGGCGAGACACAGAAUCGCUUUUGCCUUGUUAUUUUUGGCAGUAUCCAUCAAGAAAGUGCAUAAAUGAGACUGCACUUUUUAGUGUUGGUGGUAUUCGUUCAUCGCAAAGUAUGAAACCAAUGUUUGAACAGUAUUGUUAGCAAACCUUCCAUCCAGGUCGCUGUGUUUUUGCUGCAUAUUCAUUCCACCCAACCCACUUCAGUUGCUACAAGAAGAUGGCACAAGUGGGAUGGCAAAGCAGUUAAAUAUAUUUGUAAGAAUAAGUUUUUAUCAAGUUAUUUAAGUAUUAUUUAUUGUAGCUGUAAAGAUAACCUUGGAUUUUGUAUGACAUUUCAAACUCAAAAUGUAAUUGUUCAUUGUUGUAGAGGAUGGGGAUUGAUUCCCAAUUUACUCAUCCUCUUCAUACCAAUGAUGGAUAAUGCACAGAUGGAACAAUUUCAAUGUCAAUUCAUCAAUAUGUGUACAAUCAACUCUAGAUGGUUUCAAAGUAGACACUUGGGAGAAGCGUGUGCGCCAUGACAACACAACAUGUACAAGAAUAAGAGCCUAUGUAUCAACAAUACUUUAUUAGUUACCAUGGUGACCACAUCCAAGUGGACCUAUGUCUCCUGAUGAUUUUGAAAAGCUGCUGUUAUAAGCUACAUACAG